UUAAACAGGUUGCGGAAAAGUACCAAAAAGGGUACAACUUUUCCCAAAAAGUUUUGUUCGGAUCCCAGAUCCAUCUUCAAAAGAAUCAUCCAUCAGCUUGUCUUUUUUCCGUCAAAAACUCCACAUAAAUGGAACCCCUGUUUUGUUUUCCUCACGAACAAUGACAGCGAAAACUGAUCUCUAAGGCUCUCUAAUAAGGGCUUGGGUGCUUUGCAGACUUUUUUUUCGUCUAUUUGUUUGCACCAACAAUGAAAAAGAAGGCAUUUUGUCUUCUGUUUCUGAUUCACCUGCAUAUUUUUCUUCAAGUUAAGGGAACCAUUGUUGAGGAUGAGGACCGUGGGGCUUCACAGGUGAAUGACAGGGUCCUUAAGCUACCUGGUCAGGCAUUUGAUGUGAGUUUCGCCCAUUAUUCUGGGUAUGUUACAGUCAAUAAGGAAGCCGGAAGAGCUCUCUUUUACUGGUUUUUUGAGGCGGUUGAUGACCCAUCUUCAAAGCCUUUGGUCGUGUGGCUUAAUGGAGGACCCGGAUGUUCGUCGAUAGCCUAUGGGGAGGCAGAAGAAAUUGGGCCUUUUCAUAUUAGACCAGAUGGGAAGACCCUUUAUCUCAACCCUGAUUCAUGGAAUCAAGUGGCAAACCUUCUCUUUGUGGAUUCACCAGUUGGUGUUGGUUUUUCCUAUUCAAACACUUCAGAGGAUAUCAUUAGCAAUGGUGAUAAGAGGACUGCUGAGGAUUCAUUGGCAUUUCUACACAAUUGGCUGAAAAGGUUCCCUCAGUAUAAAGGAAGGGAUUUUUAUCUCACUGGGGAGAGUUAUGCAGGGCACUAUGUUCCGCAAUUGGCUCAAGCCAUUGUGAGGUCUAACAAGAAAAAUGUGGAUAACUAUAUCAAUUUAAAGGGUUACAUGGUUGGAAAUGCCCUAACUGAUGAUUUCCAUGACCAUUACGGGGUUUUCGAGUUUAUGUGGUCUGCUGGUUUGAUAUCCGAUGAAACCUACACGCUGCUAAAUGUUUUUUGUGACUUCCAGUCAUUUGUGCACCCUUCUUCUCAAUGCGAUAAGGUGAUCGAUCAAGCUUAUGAAGAACUUGGGGGUAUUGAUCCAUAUAGCGUCUUCACCAUUACCUGCCAGGGCAACAGCACCUUGUCCAACAAGCUACGAAGCAAAUCGAAUUCUUUUGGACGCAUUGGUGAACAGUAUGAUCCAUGUACUGAGAAGCACUCCACUGUCUACUUCAAUCAACCAGAGGUACAGAAGGCGCUUCAUGUCAAUCCUGCAUUUGCACCAUCUAAGUGGAAAACAUGCAGUGAUGUAGUUGGUGUUAAUUGGAGGGACUCUGUGAAGUCCAUUCUUCCUAUCUACCAUGAGCUCAUACAUGAAGGACUUCGUAUCUGGAUGUUCAGUGGGGACACCGAUGCCAUAAUCCCAGUUACAUCCACUAGAUACAACAUAGAUGCUCUUAGGCUCCCUACAGUGACUCCUUGGCAUGCUUGGUAUGACAAUGGACAGGUGGGAGGAUGGACCCAAGUGUACAAAGGACUCACUUUUGUAACAGUGAGGGGAGCUGGCCAUGAAGUUGCUCUCCACAAGCCUAGAUUAGCCCUCAGACUCAUUAAGGCCUUUUUGGUGGGAAGCCCCAUGCCAACCCUAGCAUCACUGCCAAUCAGUACCAUUUGAUGGUUACCCAUCUGAAUCAGAAGAUUUGAAUUAAUAAGCCCCAAUUGAAUAUUGAAGAUUUGUAUUUCUUGCAGAAGUUCAUAAAUUAUCUCAUGGAAUUCCAUGACGAUUUAUUUUGUGUAAAGCACAUGGUCAUGAGAGAGAGAAAGAGAGGUGAUCCAAAUAAGGGACAGAAGUUACUUGAGUUUUCGUUUUUGAAAAAGAAAAGUCUUUUGACAUUUCCAACGA